AUGGCAGCAAGAAACCUUCUCUCGGGCGAGCUCUUUGACGUCGCUGGACGCACAGUCACCAUUACUGGUGGAGCCAGUGGCAUUGGUCGCAUGCUGGCCCGUGGCUUCACGGCUAACGGAGCAAAGACCAUACUGGUGGACGUGAACGGAAAGGCGCUAGAGGAAGCCAAAGCAGAGCUGCAAGAGCUGUGCUCUUCGUCCGGCCUGGCACCGGCCGACACCAUCACUAUCCACGGCGACCUAGCAACCGAGGAAGGAGUUCAGCAGGUGGUUGACCGCAUCAAGGCGACUGGGAGCUCGCUCGACGCACUGAUCCAUUGUGCCGCCAUCCGGUACAUGAACGAGAUCACCUACAGCCCGGGUGAGGGCCUCGACAAGCUGGAGGCGGCCACGCUGUCGGCACCGUACAAGGGCUGGGAGCACACCUUCCGCGUCAACGUGCUGGCACCCUACUACCUCACGGCUGGUCUGGUCGGCCUCCUCGGCGCAGCUGCUGCCAAGGGAGACGGCCGUGGCUGUGUCAUCAUGUUCUCGAGCCCGGCCAGCGUGCACAACAACCAGUUUGUGCCGUGCUACCAGACAUCCAAGGCGGCAGUCGAUCACCUGGUCCGUAUCAUGGCCAUGGAGUUUGCUGAAUAUUACAUUCGCGUGAACGCCAUCUCGCCAGGUAUCGUCCCGUCGGGCAUGACGACCACCGACGCAAAUUCGAACCUUCAUCUGGCAGGCGAGACGCCGGCAAAAAGGGCCGGCACCGAAGAGGACAUGGUCGGCACGGCGCUGUGGCUGACCAGUAAAGCGGGCGCUUUCAUGGACGGAAAGGUCGUCCGUGUUGAGGGAGGACGGCUGCUCAUCCUCAAGGGCGUGACUUCCAAUUCCGAUUAA